AUGCUUUACAGCGUUGCCUACGCCGCCCUCGCGGCCCUUUCCCUCGUCACCCCCGUCGAGGCUGGUCUGUUCGUAGUUGCCGCCGGAACCAUCGCUGUGGCGCGUAUCGACCCAAUUGUCAACCCUGGAGAAAUUGGUGGUCACGUCCACUCACUUUUUGGCGCCUCCAACAUUCGCGAUGUGCUCAAUACCCCAGAGGAACAACUUCGAGCCCAAUGUACUACGGCAAAGGUCCAGGAUGACAAGUCGAGUUAUUGGGUUCCCACUCUUUACUAUAUCCGCAAGGACGGUACCUACGAGGGCAUGGCCCACCAUUCUCGUAUUUACUACAAUGUUGACCCGGCGUACACGCCCUUCCCUCCUGGCAUGCGCAUCGUCAGUGGCAACUCCAUGAACCGCAACCCGAAGCAGGAAAGUGUCCGCGGCGUCAAGAUGGACUUUGCCGCCCUUGGCCGACAGGAAUGGGGGAUCUACCUGCCCAACACCACCACCUACUCCAACUUCCCCGGUGGCCCACGUACCGGUAUCGAGUUCCCCUCGUGUGGCUGGGCCAACCAGUCGCUCGACUCUGACGACCACUUCUCUCACCUUACCUGGCCCAUCGCGACUGGCGGUGGCGAAAUCUGGCAGACCUCCCAAUCCCCAAAGUGCCCAGAGUCGCACCCCAUUCGCUACCCCAACAUCUUCGUCGAGACCAACUACUACCCAAGCGAAGCCCAAGUUGCCGAGUGGGGCUCGCGUUCCAACCACUACAUCUUCUCCAAUGGCGACCUUCUCGGCACUUCGUUCCACGCCGACUUUGUCAACGGUUGGAAGCCCGAUGUCCUUGCGUCUGCGAUCAAGAACUGCGGUAAUGCUGGGGAGAAUGUCGGGAGCUGCCCAGCCUUGGCUGCCGGAGGUACCGACGACUUGACUAGGAACAAUUGCCGCCUGCAGGGUAUGAUCCCCGCGGAGCAGAACGGCUUCCAGGAGCCCCUCCAGUACCUGCCAGGCUGCAACCCUGAGUGGCCAGCCGAUGCCGGUGACGAAAAGCCCACGGACUGCCCUUGGCGGAAGCCUGACCCCGGCUUCACUCAGCCCAACGGUUUCUACUCUGAGGGAAUCAUCGAGCAGACCAUGCCCCUCGCUGUCGAGAUGGACCCUCGUGCUGAGGUUGACUGGUCCUUGUUCACCAAGGUCCCCGGCAAGAAUGGCAAGAUCUCCGCCUGGGGCGAGUCCCAAUCCGUGGGCCGCUUUUUCAAGUUUGUGAACGGUGCCAUGGUCCAGAAGGGAAGUGCCCAGGACGUAGCCGACAACCUCAACAUGGCUACUGCUCAAAACAAGCACUCCGACGUUAUGGGCAUGCAGGACACCUCCGCGUUCACGGGCCUUCAGCCUGCCUCCGUCGUCGGUCAGAACGAAUGGGAUGUUCUCCAGGUCCCCUCGGGCGUCCCUACCAUUCUCGCGAACCGCGGUGGCCUCAUGACGAAUGCUGUCUCUCCUGGAGGCACCAUCACCCCGUCUGCCGGCAACGCAUCGCUCCCCGUGGCAACUCCCACUGCUGGCUCGCCAAGCGCCGGCAACGACACUACGCCAGCUGCUCCCACUGACCUGGCUGCCUCGGGUUCGCCUGGCGCGCAGAACGCGGCGGGUAGCCCCUUGCCUUCGGGUGACGCUUCGGGCUCGACUCCUGCUUCGGGUUCGGCGUCGGCCUCUCCUUCGGCUCCUGCUAGCAGCCCGGUUCAGAUUCCUGGCGGUGGCAACAACCUGGUCGCCCACAACGACGGGGAGAUUGCCCCAUCUGGCUCUGCGGUGGGCGCCUCGACCCCGGCCGUGUUCACCACCCACGGCGCUUCCGCCUCGGCCGCUGCCUCCCCCGCCCCCACUGGCUCCAAGGCAUCCGGCGGCAGCAAGAAGUGCAGUGGCCGUCGCCGCCGCCGCGGCUCUCGCCUCCACUAA